ACACCUUGGCCAAAACAGCUGUUUGCCUCUUCCUCUUCCACUUACCGUGAAAUUUUGUGCUAAUUUUGUUUAAUUUUCGCCGGUUAUCACAUAAAUGGCACCCCCAAGGGCCACCAGUCACCGUCCGGCGGUGCGGCGACGAAAAUCCGUCACUUUUUUCCAGUCUCUGCUGGACAAAUAUCUAAACAUAAGGUUCUUCAAGUACCUGUUACUGGAACCGGCCGCUGUGCCCUUAGUUGGCAUUUUUAUUUUGCUGGCCGAGUCUGUUAUCAACCUGAUAGUUAUCCGGCAUGUUCCUUACACAGAAAUCGACUGGGUGGCCUAUAUGCAGGAGUGUGAGGGCUUCCUGAACGGCACCACCAACUACGCCUUGCUCCGAGGCGACACUGGUCCUCUGGUCUACCCGGCCGCCUUCGUAUACAUCUACUCUGCUCUCUACUUCGUGACCUCCCAAGGAGCUAAUGUUCGACUAGCCCAGUACAUCUUCGCCGGGAUCUACCUUCUUCAGCUGGCCUUGGUGCUGCGACUUUAUGCCAAGAGCAGGAAGGUGCCGCCCUACGUGCUGGUGCUCAGUGCCUUCACCUCCUACCGCAUCCACUCCAUCUAUGUCCUGCGGCUGUUCAACGACCCAGUGGCUGUGCUGUUGCUCUACGCCUCACUCAAUCUCUUCCUGGAUCGGCGAUGGUCCCUCGGCAGCGCCUUCUUCAGCCUGGCAGUCGGCGUGAAGAUGAAUAUCCUGCUCUACGCGCCGGCUUUAUUCCUCUUCUAUUUGGCCAACCUGGGAGUGGUAAAAACCUUUGUCCAACUGCUCAUCUGUGGAGUGAUUCAAGUGCUGCUAGGGGCUCCUUUCCUGCUCACCCAUCCGGUGGAAUAUCUCCGGGGAAGCUUCGAUUUGGGACGAAUCUUCGAACACAAGUGGACCGUCAACUAUAGGUUCCUAACGAGGGAGUUCUUCGAGAACAGGUCCUUCCACUUGUCGCUGUUGGGAUUGCAUCUACUGCUACUGCUGGUGUUCGCCAAGCCCACCUGGACGUUCUUCCAAAGCUAUGUGCGCCUGCGACGCGUAGAGGACCAGCUGCAGCCUCAAAUCGCCCAAAAGAACCGCGAGGUCAAGACGCAGAAGAAGGGCAAGAAGGUGGAGAAGGAACCGGAGCAGGAGAAGUUCAGCAACGAGCAAAAAUCCUUUCUGAAAGCCUUCGAAAAGAGUCUGCAGAAAGCUGCUGGAUCAAAGGCAACACCUACUCCUCCAAAUCGAUCCGAACCGGAACGUUAUGGCAUCCAUUUCGAUCGCUGUACCCAGCUGGCUCUCCUCCCAUUCUUCCUCAGCAAUCUGGUGGGCGUAGCCUGUGCCCGAUCUCUGCACUACCAGUUCUACGUGUGGUACUUCCACUCGCUGCCUUAUCUGGCCUGGUCCACGCCCUACUCCCUGGGCGUGAAGUGCCUCAUCCUGGGCCUCAUUGAGUACUGUUGGAACACCUAUCCCAGUACAUACUUUUCCAGUGGGGCACUGCACUUCUCCCACCUGCUGUUGCUCGGAGGUGUGGCCAAGCAACUCUUCCAAACGAUGCGACUGAAUAAUGCAGUGAAAAAGGAGCAACAGAAGAAGGUUCAGUAGAAGGACCAACCAAGUGCCACUUGAGAAUAUUUUGAAUAUGCCAAAAACAAAAAAAAAAAAAAAAAAAAUAAAAUAAAAAAUAAAGUUUCUUAAACUGA